AGUGACGGGCAAGAAUGUGGCUUAUGACACAGCUGCAGGUGCGUUCUCGCGUCACAGCCCUGAAUGUAGCCCCAGGGGUGGAGGCCGGUCUGUGUCACAAGGUUUGGCUCCAGAUCCUCCCUCCAGAGUCAGAAGAAGCUCGGCACAGUCCCUCCAGAAAGCAGACCUCUGCGACCGUGAGUGGAGACAGUCAGCAUGAUGCCCCAAACCUUACGCCUCUCUCUGCUCCUCUCUAUCGUUGGCAUCUCAUGUUCUACCGAUCCUAUACAAGUUAUUUCGGGGGUCUUCAUGCCAAAUAAUCUCACCGUGGAUUAUGACGGAGCCAAAGUUGCCUGCGCCAUGCACUCCAGCAGAUUGGCGACACUGGAGAAUGUCACCUUUGCGUUUAGAAAUGGCUAUGAGUUAUGCAAAUGGGGCUGGAUCGAGGAGAAGCGCGUGGUCAUGCUGCGUCUGACGCCAUUUGAAGCUUGUUCUGACUACAACCUUGGGAUCUUGAUGAGAGACUGUCCAAAUAUCAGAUCCACAUUCUGUGUGAAUGGCUCCUCAGGGGCUGUGCACGAGCUUCUUAUACCGCUACGUCUUGUCCCUUCGUAUGAAAACGCCAGCAAUACCUGCGAAGGGAAUGGAUUGACCAUAGCCACAAAGGAGCAAAUAGAAAUGAAUGCAAGCACCAUAGCAGACCAAAGUCUCGCAUGGUAUCACUGGGGAGUUGGACAGAUGAACAAUGGCAGCUUUGAACCGGAUACCUGUAAUGAUACGUUAGGCCGCGCUUCUGCCUUCUGUUAUAACCCGGCCUUGUCUGAUGUCCUGAUAGUAAAGGAUACCCAAACCUGGAAGAUAAUCUCUAUCGGUUCCAUCAUUGCCUUUAUUUUUUUGAUUUUAUUGACAGCCGCUGUAUUCAUGAGAGGGAAUAAAUUCAUAUGCUGCAUGGGAGAGACGCGCACUCACGCACCAGACCCCGAGCAAGCUCCUUCACCCACCUGGAAUACCACCAGCGUUUACCGGCGCGUUAGUCAUUCGAACAGGGGUGCAAUGUACGACAACGGCAUUGUCAGAGAGAAGCGUCCCUCUGUGAUCCGACCAGAAAUGAGCCACUUCAAGACCCACUACAGUAACAUGGCUUUCGACACCACCGGGGAAGUUUGAGGACAACGUGUGGGGUGAUGGUGAAGAAUUGGGGUUGGGUAUUUAACCUGCCUUCAAACAUGACCUCUCGAUAAAAACCUCUGCGACCAACGCACAGUAGGUCUGUGCAUUACGGGUGCAAAUAUAUCGAUCACUCACGAAAGACAUAUGGUCCAGGACUGACGACAAAGUAGGGACCGUUCCUCCAUUUAAUAAAUAAACGAUUAUAUUACUAUUGUAUUGAUUGGAAGGUGUUGUAUAUAAGAUGGCCUGUAGGUGUCACUGUUUCCACUGCAAUAUUAAACUCAUUGAGGAAAAAGUAGCGAUUGCCUUUACAAUCAUAUCAUCUGCAUUAUUGGGGUCACUUGGUCCUAAUACCCCUUGCACUGGCGCAUGUUGCGCCUAAGUUAUGUAGAGGUGCCAGCCUCAACAUAACGUAGGCGCAUCCGCCGCCGGCCUAACUCUACACCAGCUACCUUGCUGGGGUAGAUUUAGAUAAUUUCCGAAGCCUAAAACAGGCGUAGAAAAUGAUAAAUGAGAUACACGUCCCCUCUCCUGACAUGUUC